AUGUCCAAAGCCCCCAAUGGCACCAACGGCCACCCUAAGCCGUCCGCCCUUCCCCCGGCGAUGCGCGACUCCAAAAACUGGGAAGACCAGGAUAAGCUUUCCGACUAUAUUCCGGGCUCUGGCGACCUCAGUCGAGCACCGACCGCCUCGGCUUCCGUCUCGAGAGCACAAACACCGCCCAAGAAGUGCCUUGCCGAUUCAGACGACGAAGACGCAGAUGAGCUCGACGACGAUGAUAGUGUCGUUAUAAUUUCACCAUCCAAGACGCCGCGACAGCUUGAAAAGGAGCGCGAAAAGAACGAACGUGCUGCAGCGCGUAAGCAAGAAAAGGCCGUCAAAGCUGCUCAGAACGAGACGCUCGCCAGCACGCGUCAGGAGAUGAGCAAGUCCAAGCUUGCCGAUAGUAUGAAGCGCUUCACGUACCUUCUCGGCCAGACUGAACUCUUCCAGCAUUUCAUCGACAUCAAGAAGGAACGCGACGAAGAGUUCGCCAAGAUGCUCGAAGAGUCGCAGGCUGCCAGCGCCAAGAAAGCCAAAAAGGGCGGAGACAACCGUCGCAGAAAGACCGAGAAGGAGGAAGACGAAGAGCUUCUCAAGGAAGGCAAUGAUGAGGAGGAGGAGUCGUUUGUAUUCAACGAAUCGCCAGCCUACGUCAAGGGCGGCAAAAUGCGAGAUUACCAAGUUCAGGGUCUCAACUGGAUGAUCUCGCUCUACCACAACGGUAUCAACGGCAUCCUUGCCGACGAAAUGGGUCUGGGCAAGACGCUCCAGACCAUCUCGUUCCUCGGUUAUCUGCGCGACUUCCGCGAAACGCCCGGAUUCCACCUCGUCGUUGUACCCAAGUCAACGCUUGACAACUGGUAUCGCGAGUUCCACCGUUGGGUGCCCGGCUUCAACGUUGUGACGCUCAAAGGAUCCAAGGAGGAGCGUGAAAAGGUGAUUCAGGACCACCUGCUGCCGCAAGACUUUGACGUCCUCAUCACCACCUAUGAAAUGUGUCUGCGCGAAAAGAGCGCGCUCAAGAAGCUCUCGUGGGAGUACAUUGUGAUUGACGAGGCGCACAGGAUCAAGAAUGUCGAUUCCAUGCUCUCGCAGAUCGUGCGUGCCUUCAACUCGCGUUCGCGCCUUUUGAUCACAGGUACGCCGCUGCAGAACAAUUUAAUGGAAUUGUGGUCGUUGCUCAACUUCCUUCUGCCCGACGUUUUCAGCAACUCGGAAGACUUUGAAUCGUGGUUCAAAGGCAAAGGUGACGAGAACCAGGAUCAAGUGGUGCAGCAGUUGCACAAGGUGCUGCGACCCUUUUUGCUGCGUCGUGUCAAGGCGGAUGUCGAAAAAUCGCUGCUCCCCAAAAAGGAGAUUAACAUUUUUGUCGGGCUGACCGAGAUGCAGCGCAAAUGGUACAAGAGCAUCCUCGAAAAGGACAUUGAUGCCGUCAACGGUGGCGUGGGCAAGAAGGAAGGCAAAACGCGGCUGCUCAACAUUGUCAUGCAGCUGCGCAAGUGCUGUAACCACCCGUACCUGUUCGAUGGUGCGGAGCCGGGUCCGCCGUUCACGACAGAUGAGCAUCUGGUCGACAACUCGGGCAAGAUGGUGAUCCUGGAUCGACUGUUGCACAAGAUGAAGCAGAAAGGUUCUCGCGUGCUCAUCUUUAGUCAGAUGAGCCGUAUGCUCGAUAUCUUGGAGGACUACUGUCUGUUCCGCGAGUACAAAUACUGCCGUAUUGACGGUGGUACCGCGCACGAUGACCGUAUCGCUGCCAUUGACGAGUACAACAAGCCUGGUUCGGAGAAGUUUGUGUUUUUGCUCACCACGCGAGCCGGAGGACUGGGUAUCAACCUGACCACGGCCGAUAUUGUGGUGCUCUUCGAUUCGGACUGGAACCCUCAGGCGGAUCUGCAAGCUAUGGACCGAGCGCAUCGUAUCGGACAGACCAAACAAGUCUACGUCUUCCGCUUCGUCACGGAGCACGCCAUCGAAGAGCGCAUCCUAGACCGUGCUGCGCAAAAGCUUCGUCUGGACCAACUUGUGAUUCAGCAAGGACGUGCACAGCAAGCGGCGAAAGCGGCGCAAUCCAAAGACGAUCUGGUCGACAUGAUCCAGCACGGAGCCGAAAAGAUUAUCUCGAACAAGGAAGACAUGUCGAUCAACGACGACAUUGACGAUAUUAUCUCUCGCGGAGAAGAACGCACACAGGCAAUCCAAGCCAAGUAUCAGGGACUCAACCUGGACGACCUGAACAACUUCAAGUCAGACACAGUGUACAAUUGGGAAGGAAACGAUUUCUCGGAACGCAAACCGAUCGGGCAGUUGUGGAUCGAGCCUAGCAAGCGAGAGCGCAAAGCCAACUAUUCGAUCGACAACUACUACCGCGACGCUAUGCGGGUGGGGCCGAAACCUACGCAGCCAAAAGCGCCACGUGCACCCAAGCAGAUCAACAUUAACGACUUCCAGUUCUAUCCUGCGCGUCUGACUGAGCUGCAAGAACGCGAGACGGCGGCGUACCAACGAUCGAUUGGCUACCGGGUGCCCGCCAAGGAAGCGUCCGAGGGUCAGACUGCCGAAGAAGCCGAGCAGGAGCGCAAGCAGGAGCAGGAUUUCAUCGACACAGCCGUGGCAUUGACGGAAGACGAGGUGGAAGAAAAAGAGGUUUUGGCACAAGAAGGAUUCGGUAACUGGAAUCGGCGAGAGUUCCAGAUCUUUGUGCGUGGCUGCGAGCGGUAUGGACGAAGAGCGUUUGCGCUGAUCGCUGCAGACAUGCCCGACGCCAGCAAGACCGAGAAGGAAGUUCGCGAGUACUCGAAAGUGUUCUGGGAUCGAAUCGACGAGUUGAGUGACUCGGCCAAACUGAUCGCGCGCAUCGAAGAGGGUGAGUCUAAGCUGGUCAAGCAGCAACAUCAGGAGUCGGUUCUGCGCAAGAAAGUGUCUUCGUACCGAUUGCCUCUGCUCCAGCUCAAGGUGGUGUACGGGCAGAACAAGGGAAAAUCGUACUCCGAGGAGGAGGAUCGGUUCCUGCUGGUCAAGUUGGCAGAGUACGGCUUGGCUGAAGGUAGCGAUACAUACGACCGCAUCAAGAAGGAUGUGAUGGGGUGGAGCGGGUUCCGGUUUGACUGGUUCAUCAAGAGCCGCACGCCGCAGGAGCUCGGUCGGAGGUGCAAUACAUUGGUGCUGCUCGUGCUCAAGGAGAUGGGAGAGGAGGAGGUUCCGAGUGUUGGUGGCGGUGCCAAGAAACGCAAGAGCGGUCUUGACACGGCGAGCAACGCCGGUAGCAGUAGAGCCGGUACGCCUAUCACUGCGCCAGGUGGGCCGAGCAAGAAGAAGAAAAAGUAA